GCAGUGAUACACAUUACAUUGAGGUUGUUCUCCAGUCUGUGCAGAAGGUGAGGCAGUGAGGCACUGAGGCCCUUUUGAUGAAGACGCUGGAUCCAACGGCCACCUUCACAGACAGCGCAGUGAGGGUAGCUACCUCUGCACGAAUGUCAGGUCCUCAUAAGAUAAGAGUUUCACGUAUACACUUAUGUGCCUCCAAGGCACUCAUGCCGUAUAAGCCCUAGAACUCGCACUCGCAGCGGUGUCAACUCGAGGCCAGUCUCACGCGCACACGAAGUAAUUACGGUCACGGCUUACGCGCGACGCAGCCUGCAUUGUCUGCAAACAAGUCACUUCAAUGCCGGCUAGCAGCGAGCGUGACUGUCCCAGCCCAAACAUGUUAACCCGCAUUGCCGAAAUGAAGGCGACCGCAACGCCGCCAACAUUAGUCGACCUGCCCGGGGAGCUCCUCAAUACCAUCCUGUCAAUGGUGGACGCUGAGACGCUGGCACUGUCUGUUCCAUCAGUUUGCACGACUUUCCGGGCUGCAACGAUGGAGACAUCGGUGUGGCAGGAGCACAUUCCGCCACAUGCGCUGUCACAGCUGGCAGCGCUUCAAGCGCUGGGGUCCCGCCCGUUGCGGCUGGGCCACCUGUACCUCGCCCUGUGCGGCCGCAACCUGCUGCGCAACCCCGGCUUCCGACGGGAGUGCAAUACACCCACGCUGUGGGGAGGAGGCGUGGAGAGGACGGCCUGGGUGGUGAACCAGUCUGUAGGCAAGGAGGUGUCAUGGGAGCGGGUGCCGCAGGGGAUGACACCGCCGCCCUUGCCACGAAGAGCCGCACCGGCUGCACCGUCGGCGCAAGCGCAGCCGCAACAGCAGCAGCAGCCACCGCAAAACAGGAUGGGCGGGCCCGCCAAUCCUGUUUUGCCUCAUGCUCAGCCGCUGGCACCCCCGCCCCCGCUGCCAUAUCCCUCCUGUCGGCACGCUGCGGCAGCUACUGGCACGGGUGGUGAGGGCGCAGGCGGCGGCGCUGGCAGAUUGGCGUCCGCAAUGCGACGGGCUCUGCAGGGUUUGCGCGAGUUUGCCUCUGAAGGGGUGGCGGCGCUAGAAGAGGGGCUGCUUCUGAGAGGCCAGCCGGCAACGGAGCCGGAGGCGGCCGACUCAGGGCCUGUUGAUGUCGUUGCGCUUGCUCGACAUGGACCAGGCGCACCGGCAUCAGCUGCCACGUCCACAUCACACGCAGUCGAGCGGCCGUGUCUGGCUAUGCUUGGCAGCUGGUCUGAGGUGGUGCAGGUGGUUGACCUGCAGUGGGAGCUGCAGCGGCGCGGGCUGAGUGCGGCGCAGGCGGCCCACCUGCUGGACGCGGGGCUGGGGCUGAGGCUGGCUGUGCACGUGGGGAGCAGGUGGGACUCACCUGGAGAGUGUGCUAUGGCUCUGAGGCUGGACGAGGGGCCGACGGCCGGGCCCGGGGGCGCAGGCGACGCCGCGCCUUCGCUGCAGGCCUACGUGGCCCGCCCCACACGGACACUGGUGUACCUGGAGCGAGAACACAUGCGGCGCGGCGUGUGGGAGGAAGUGGAGCAUGUGGUGCCGGCCUGCCCGCGUGGCUUCCGGCGGGCUGUGGUGAUGUUGCGCGGUCGCCGCGCGCCCGUGCCAGUGCACGCACAAGCGCCUGCGACUGCAAUGCAGCAGCCGCGUCACGGCCUGCCGGGAGGUGGCGAUGGGGCUGGUGCGGGCAUAGGCGCAGGCGUAGGCGGUGGUGCGGGCGCGGCGGAGGACACGGUCGCCUUGGAUGUGGAGCCACCCACUCGGUUUUGCGGGGCCAAGUUUGCCAGUGCGCAGCUGGUGUUCUGUUGACGACCUGCUGGCACGAACGGGUGUUGGGAAUGUUCCGCCCCUGCCUGGUGCAGGCUAUGAGCCGAGCUGCCUAGGGUUCCGGUGCGCUUGCCCACCGAUUGGGUGCCGCGCCCGCGCGCUGCCGCCGUUGCGGCCGCCCUACUGGCCGCAGCCACGCACGUGUGGAAUAUUAAUUUGUACAGUACGGUAUAAAGGGUGGCGUUUUACCAGUGACAUCGCGCUCGUGUGUCAAUUCAUCCUGUUGGCUAUGAUGUGGUGUGGGACCAGCUCACGUCUCCCUUCAUCAGGGGGACCAUCUCCCUUUGUCAUUCGUUUGCAGUUUGUGUUGAUGGUGUACUCCAUGUCGCCGUGUUGCGGCGUGUGCCAAGCACGCAUGCAUGAUGAUUGGUGAAUGCACUGAUGUACGAUAAACUGAUAAAGUAAACUUCCGCAUCAAUGCGUCAAUCAUAUAGUAACUGACUCAAUACAUUGUUGUGGCAACGCAUGCCAUACUAUAGCAGCGGCGCCAGGGGCCUGAGGCUGCCGCAUUAUUCAAGCAGCGCGUGGUGGCUUUUUAUGGCUUGCAGUUGCUGGCCAGGCAGUGAAAGCUGCCGCAGGGCCGCUGUUGUAACCGCGUGGUCGGAUGUGGUUUGCGCGUGUCGGAUGUGGGAUGGUAGCAUGUGGUUGAAUGCGUACAGCUUUGCACCAGCAGUUUACGACCGCGUGCUCUGGAUGCAAUAACCGAGCACGUUACGUACAGCUACGUAUCACGCGCGUACUGUAUGCUUCUCAUCAGACCCAGCUUCUCCACUGUUUACAAUUUCAAUGGCUGUAUGGCGACUGAUGGCAUCAGCAGUGGUGCCGGUGGUGGUGCGGCGGUGCGCACGUGCCGCAUGCAGGUGCACUGCCGCCGACACCCGUGCUGGCCAUGGCGGCGCUCAUUGUCCACGACAGCCGCCACUGCAGCGCCCGCCACCAGGCACGCAUACAGCCCCGACACACGCCGCAAUGUCUGUAGCCGUCUGGGCGUCCUUGGCCUACCUGAUGGCCUUCCUGCCUGUCCAGCGUGUGAGCUCAGCGCGCGAGGGAGACCGCGACUGCUGCUGGGCUGCCUGCGGCACCGGCAGCAGUCCUGGCACUGGUAUGCCGUAGCUUGACACGCUGGCAGGAUCGUAGGCACUGGGCGGGUAUGCGCUGGGCGGCGGGGGAUACGUGACACCGGAAGGGCAAUGAGGGUGGUAGUUAGCGGCAGCGGUGGCCAUUGUGUCUUUGUUGUCAGCCGCUACUUGCGAGAAGCGAUGAUAUAUGUUGGAGUAUUGGGCUGUACGGUCAAGCGGGGACAAGUGCCAGCAUUGUAGUGCGUGGCAGUACGGCUACACCGGCCCAUCCGCCAUCCACCUGUGUGUCACCCGUAGGGUGGUGGCUGCGGAGUGGCCGACCGCCGGACCGGCAUUGUGGCCUCGGGCCGGCGAACAUGCCCUGCGCGCAUGCAGCUGUAUGCUGCCAGUCAUGUUGCGUGGUAAAGCAGGAGCUGACGCAGCCCGCCCGCCCCAGCAACCCGCCAGCAGGGGCAUCAUCGCGACCGCGAGGGGAGGCGGGAUGUGGGCCGCGUGCCGCCACAGGACGUGUACCUUGCAGGCGACAAGCAGCACUGCAUACAAUGGGCAGAUGCUGAAUGUAAUUAUGCGUAGUU